CUGGCAGUUUGACGGUGCCGAUGAACGAGGUGUGAGAUCGCUGUUCUCUUCUCCGCUCUGUGAGAUCAUUUCCUCUGAAAUUCACUCUGUGUACCUUCUGGAAUCUCCCACUUUUUCUCCUGGGUGGCAUGGCAUUGCCGCUCAGAACAUCGGACGUGAUCGUGAGAAAGUGAAGAGUGGCUGAGCUCGCAAUUGAACUGCAACAUUUGAAGAUAUCCACCCACUAACAGUGUGAUCACGAGGUGCUGAACAAAGAGUGAAAAGUUUGAUGUUGUCUCCCGGGCGCGAGACGGGGACAAGCAAGAGCAACGGUGAUCUUGGCAAUUUCCGUGACACGUUGCAGAAACUAUGAGCGGCAAGCUAUCGUCGUCAAAUGCAGAAUCCGCAACGAUCAGAGAUGCAAUGAGCAAAACAAGCAGUGUCGCCGCGAGUGGCUCCAAAGGUGAUCCAGAUGUUAUUCUCGUGACUUUGGUGCCAGAGAAGAAGGGUCUGUUCCUCAAGCAUUCCGAAUAUGAGAUCUCCUCACGCAACUAUAAGUGCAGCGUCGCGAGGCGUUACAAUGAUUUCGUGAAUCUACACAAUUUGCUCGUUACGAGAUUUCCUUAUCGAAUGGUUCCGCGACUGCCACCCAAGCAACUCAUGCUGGACUCCCUGCUCGAAGAGCGUCGUCGUGGGCUUCAGCGAUGGCUCAAGAUAGUCUCCCGACAUCCUAUAAUUGGCUCGGGAUCCCUUCUCAGGAAUUUCUUAACAGACAGUAGCGCUGAUCACCAGGAACACCUGCGGGAGUUGUUCAACAGUGAACCAGAUGAGUUUUCCACGCUCAGUGAGGAAGUUGAGUUACCACUGGAGGAUCAGGGUCGGUUGGCCUCCAAUAGAGAGAUCAUGCGAACCAUGUUGAAUGCUGUGACACGCCUCAAGAAAUUCAUCGAUCAGCAAGUCGCUCGGAGUUCCGGCAAAUCCAAGGAUAUGGAAGAUAUCUCGUCCAUCCUUAAGCUAUUGAGUUCCAGCGAUCGUGUUUUCACUUUCGACACCUUCACCGACAUGACCAGAGGUUUCCACGAAGUGGCCAAGAUCACAGAAAAAUCCGCCGUGACGCUUGAAAGUGCAAUAAGUGAACGCUUCAAUAUGCUCCUGGACGUCCUCACAGCCCACAGUGAUUUGUGUGAUCGCGUGGAGAAGGGAAUCGUGGCGGAGCACCAGCGAGCACUAACGAAGAUGCUCACGCUAAAUAAGCAGAAGAUGAAGGGUGUCAUCCGGGGCACGGCGGCGGACAAUGUGGCGGCUCUGCACGAGAAGGAAGUAGCCCAAACAGGCGUGGUGGGCACUCUGGGGCGGCGCAGUGCCUUUAGUCUGCAGUGUGUUCUGCAGGAGACUUCUUUGGCCCAAGAAUAUCUACAGGCGCUGCCGUCAAUCAUCCUCGCUUUCUGCAAUGAGCAAAAUCUGUGCAAUUCCCGCGCCGCCGAGAUCUGGAAGGAGAUUUUACAUGCCGAAGCCAAGAGGCUGAACCAGUAAUAGUCUCUUUUAAUCUCUAUAAGCAUUUAGUGUGGUAUAUCCUGUACAAAAAUAUGGUUUUGUUAUUGUUAGGCAUGGAUUAAAAGUAUCAUUUGCUCAAAA